AUGGCGAUUCUCCAAGUCGUGGUUACAGCGUUGGCACUACUGCCAUUCAUCGCGGCUCAGGCUCCCCAAGUGCAAGUUGGGAAUACUGCGAUUAUCGGUCGCAGCAUACCGGAAUUCGGACAAGAAUUAUUUGCAGGGAUUCCUUUCGCGGAACCUCCAGUCGGCCAGCUGAGGUUAAGUAACCCGGUGCUCAAAACGCGCUUGGGUACUCCUACGUUCGAUGCAAGCAACUUCGGGCCUGCUUGUUUGCAACCUGCUUCCGUGCCCUUGAUGUCUGAGGACUGCCUCAGGAUCAACGUGCUACGCCCAGCCGGAAUUCCAACCGGUGUUGUGCUUCCCGUAAUGGCGUGGGUUUACGGUGGUGGAUUCGAUUUUGGUGACUCCUCGAUAUACAAUGCAAGCGCUAUUGUGGCCCAAAGUGUAAUACGCGGGACCCCUGUCGUAUUUGUCAGCUUAAAUUAUCGGCUUGGCCCACUCGGAUUCCCCCAGGGGGUAGAAGCUCAAAAGCGUGGCGCGUUGAACCUUGGACUAAAAGACCAACUUGCCGCCCUUGAAUGGGUUCAGGCUAACAUUGGGUUGUUUGGUGGUGACAAGUCCAAGGUCACGAUCUUUGGACAAAGUGCAGGAUCAAUUUCCUUGUCGAUUCACUUCCUGAAUUCGAACAUCAAGCGCUUGGCCAGAGCAGCUAUCUUCGAAUCAGGCUUCCCUGCUACGAGUCUGAACUUCCCGGCGUCUCACCGAGAACAAGGCUGGGCGAACUUCGUAAAGGAUGUCCCCCAAUGCGCAUCUACUGCAGGAUCCAAGGACACUUUCAGCUGUCUACGCUCUGACUCUAUAGAUGAAGCCACCUUGUUGAAGGCAGCCUCUCUCGCAGACGACCAGUCCGGCGAAUUGUUUGCUUGGGACCCAACUAUCGAUGGCCCGGGUGGUAUCCUUCCAGACAUUCCGUCCAAAUUGCUCGCCCGGGGCCAAUUUGCCCGCUUACCAUUCAUCGCAGGGACAGUUCUUGACGAGGCUACGACCUUCACACCAAAGUUCAUUACCACAGAAGAUCAGAUUAGACAAAGUAUCAUCGCGAACUUCACUCCAUCCCCUUUUGGGCCAGCAGUGCUCGCCAAGAGCGCAGAAACAAUACUACAAUUGUAUCCUGAUGUUCCUGCAUUAGGGUCACCCUUUGGAACGGGAAACGAAACGUUUGGCUUGAGCAGUCAGUACAAGCGAGCUGCAGCGAUAUUCGGUGAUGUCUCCUUCCAAUCUCAAAGACGUUUUUGGAUCCAGACUCUAAGCAAAGCCGGCCUCAAAACGUUUGGGUAUCUUUUCACCGAUCCACAAUCCAGUGAUCCUGUAAACGGAGUCUCACAUGCGUCAGAGAUCCCCUACGUCUAUGGAGCGCCAGGCAUCUUUGGUGGUACUGUUACACCUCAAGCUCUAGCACUAAGUAGGAUAAUGGUUGACUAUUGGGUAUCCUUUGCAACGAGCUUGGAUCCUAAUGACGGCAAAGGCCUUCCACGGCCCCUAUGGACUCAGUAUACUCCCAGCAACCAGGCCAUCAUGCUACUCAACAGCACUGGUACAGCGAUGAUCCCAGACGACUACCGCAAGAAACAGAUAGAUUUUAUCAAUUCCAAUCCCGCUGUGUGGCAUCACAGGCGUUCAUUCUCAACUUAA